AACAAAAUUGUUUAAAAGACAGUAUAAUGCUUAGAACGUGGGAAUCAGCAGAUAAGGUUGUGAGGAAAGAUGUAAUCAAAUUUGGCGGGUUUUCUAAGAAACCAACACAAUGUGCUAGUUGCACAAUUGUUAUUAAAAACGUACAUGUUGAUAACGCAUCUGUAGAGGAUUUAAAAGAGAAAUGUAAUUCGGAAAUUUUCGAUGGCACAGCUGAGAAAACACUAGUUAUAGGUGAAGCAAAAUGUCAAAUAGAUCGUCAAGUAGAAAGAGCAAUUGAAAUGAUGAAUGUUCUUGAAAAUAGUUUAGUUACCUUAACAGUAUCCCUGGAAGGUAUCGAUCAACCUGUAACGAUCAAGUUUGAAAUUACAUUGACUAAAAUGGAACCAUACAAGCCAAUCUGGGAAUGGACCCCUGAAGAAAAAUACUUAAUAGCGUUAAGAUAUAAAGAAACUGGUGUCAGCUUAUUUAAAAACUCUAGAUGGGUAGAUGCAUUUCAUAAAUUUAGCAGAGCUUGUAAAAUAAUUAUAACACUGGAACCAAUACCUGAUUUAGAAUUGGAUGCAAAGUUAGAAAAUGACAUGAAUAGUUUGAGACUUGUUUUAUACAACAAUAUGGCUGGAUGUCAUUUAAAUCGCAAGAAUUAUGAAUACACCAUUUCUUUGUGUACUAAAGUUUUGAAUAAGGAAUGUAACAAUGUUAAGGCAUUAUACAGAAGGGGAGUAGCGUAUGGAAAUCAGAAAGAUUUGGAUAAAGCUGUCUCUGAUCUGAAAAGUGUUGUUUCAUUAGAACCACAAAAUCGUGCUGCAAAAGAACAAUUUUCAUUUUAUAAUGCUAAAUUAUUAGAGGCAAAUCAGAAGUAUGAAGAUAUGGUUAAAAAGAUGUUUAAAACAUAAAAUAGAAUAUUCUUGUACCUAUCUGUGAUGACAAAAUAGAAUACAUUUGCAUUUUGUAAAUAAAAAAAUAUGCAUUUAUUUUUAUCCACAAUAAUUAACACUACAAUUAGACUAAGUUAUUUAGAAAUUACGCCUAAGAAAAUAUGUUGCAAUAUACAACCUUAUAACUAUUUAUCCAUAUUAUCACCAUUGUCAUCAUCAUCAUCAUUAUUAUUAUUAUUAUAAGAUUUGUGUUACAAAAGCAUGCUUAAAAUAUAUUUUGUGUGUAUGACAAAUAUAUAAAUGUUUAUAGUAAAUAAUAACAUUACAUUAUUUGUCAGUAGACCUUAUUUCAGUGACCUGAUAAUGUUUUCUAUUAUUACAUUUGUUGUAGUAAAAUGUCUUAAAAAUUAUUUCUGCAUGUACACUUCCUUACUGGUUCCUAAUUCAAUGAAAUCAUCGGCCUAUUACACUUAAACAGAUAGAAAUACUUUAACAUUAUACAAGCAUUUAUUAAAAAUUUAAUUGCAUAUUAAGAAAGUAAAUUAUUUUUACUUUCUCAACUGCAAUUACAUUGUAAAAUUUAUUGGGGAACAUAUGCUAAAAUAACAAUGAGAGACAGUUAGAAUAUUUAACUUUUCAUUUCUUAUACUUAAACAAAAUAUUAAAAGUACGACAAAUCAAAUUAAAUUAAUGUAUGGCUCAAAAAAAAAAUUAAUUUUGAAUUUUGGUAAUGGCGCUUUUACUAUGCUAUUUUUAAUCAAUUAAAAAAAAAACACAACGUAUUAAACCAUCGUUUAUUUUUUUAAACGCGUGUUUUAAAAAAUACGUCAAUAUUGAGGUGGGUCGAAAUUGCAAAUUUAUCAUUCAAAUAAAAACAAUUGUCUUUCAUAAUAUUUAACAAAUAUACGAAACUUCAUGAGUAAAUAUGAAACUUCUUCAUUUUUUGUAUCAAAGUAAAAGUGACCACUAACAAAUUGAAACAUAAUUUAAAAGUAAUGUUGCAUUAUUUAAACCAUCACCAAAAAUCAUAUUACUCCCAUAUCAUUAGUAUAAUGUAAACCUUUAUGAAACCUUUCUUUCCAUACAUUGUACAAAAACAUGUAUACAUGUAACAAGUUUCUAGGCAUGUAUAUACUGGUGUAUAACAUGUACUCAAAAAUGAAUAUUAUGUAAAUAAUUAGUCAAAGAAAUCGACAAAAAUUAAAUAAAACGUAUGUCAAUAUUUGUUUGGCAAGAUAAUUAAAUUUCAGUACAUUCUCACAUUUUGUUUCUUUAUCGAAACUUACUACACGUUCGAUAGCGUUGUUUAUUAUAUUCGUUUUCAUUUGGCACUCGUGCAAACGAUACAUCAAUUAUAAAUGAUUAACUUUACUAUGUCUACAAUAUCUGUAAUAAAUGUGUGUUGAAAGGAAAAUAGUUAAUAUUUAAAAGUGCAGUUAUCAAAUGUGCUGGAUAAUAAUUCGAUAUUUUUCCUAACAAAGGCUAUAAUUUACUAAAAAUAAUAAUAACUUUGAAGGAUCAACAUAAUUAUAUUCUCAAUUCAAUGAGAAUAAAAUCUAGCAUAUCUAAUAUGCAAAUUUGAGCACUAUUUACACCACAUUGACAACAAAUUCAUCUUAUGAACCAUCCGUGUAUGUUUUGAUAUAAAUCACUGAACUUCGAAAUGUUAAACAAUUCAAGUCUAUGAAUUUUGGUAUCGUCUACGAAUUCCCGUUUUUCAUUUGAGAACAGAAGAAAUGUUAUAAGAACUGCGACUUGAUUAGCAAAUUUCGAUAUAAAUUUUCGUACUUAAUUUGCGGUCCAUAAGAUGUUCGAAUUAAAGCAAUAUAUCUAUGUUAGACUAUUGUUGCCUAUUUAUUAAAUAAUGUGUUUAACAAAAACAUAGAAUAAACUACAUGGCAUAUGUGUAUAUUUAGUUAAUCGUAGUUAUAUAUAUCGUGAAUUUUGUUCAGAAUUCGUAAAAUGUGAAGAACACUGAGAAGUAUUUACAUUUUAAUUUAUUAAAAAAUUAUUUGAUACAAUAGUAACUGAUGUAGAAUAAACCUGGCACAGACAUAAUUUAACUAUGUUAGUUCAUACAUAGUGUAAUGGAGAAAUGUACAAAGUGCGUGUUGUUAAAAUUUUUCAUUAAAAAUAUUUUAAUACGUUUUUCUUCGUGACCUUACAAUAAACUUAAGUAUGUUCUUCUAAUUAAGACGUUAAUUUCGUAAGUACUCGUAUUUCUUUAACUUUCUUUUCUUUUGUCAUACAUAUUUUAAUACAAAAAAAAAAAAAAUAAUAA